AAAUUUUCCUUUCUCUCUCUCUAAUAUAUAUAUAUAUAUAUAUAUAUUUACUUGCUAAGCUUUCGCCUUCUUUCACUUUAAUUAUUAAAGCAAAAUAAUACAAGAGUAAAAAUACCAAAUAUAUAUAAAAAAAAACAAGAAAAGAAUAGAAAAUAGCACUUCUUUCGAUUAUCAAUAUUUGUAGAGCCAAAGAACCAUUAAACUCACCUUCCCCCAAAGACAAAGAUAAUUAUAAGCACACACACACACAUACACACACACACAAAUAAAGAGAAACUGAUUUAUAGACCAUACGAUUAGUUCUCCCCUUUUCUUCUUCUUAUUUUUCUUUUUUUUUUAUAUAUAUAUAUAUAUUUAUUUCCCCUUUUUCCGUUUCUUUUUUUUUUUACCUUUAACAAUCUACUCUGAAGAUUAACCGUGUUUGCAAUGGCAAGCCAAAUACAAAAGAAAACUAUACGAUUCACUGUUAUUUCAGCUGAUGGUCUCCUCAAGAAGGAUCUUUUCUUCAAGUUGCCCGAUCCUUUUGCUGUCAUCACUGUAGACAAAGAACAAACCCAUACAACAACAGUGAUGAAAAAGACUCUCAACCCAUACUGGAACGAAUUCUUUGAUUUACGAGUGACAAAUAAGAGUGUGAUCGAAAUCAAAGUAUUUGACCAAAAGAAAUACAAGAAAAAAGACCAAGGAUUUCUAGGUGUUAUUGCUAUCCCAGUUGGUAGCCUACUAGACGUAGACACAAGAACUGAUGCACAGAUAUUCACCUUGGAUCUAAAAAAAUCUCAUCCUACCGACACUGUCCAUGGCAAAAUUGCUAUCGGUAUAUCCACAAAUGCAAGUGUGCCAGUCCAAAACAAUGGCUCUAUCGGAACUUCAUCUCAACCAUCAACAAGCAACCACCAACAAAUUACAGCUGAACAAUCUGUCUCUGCAACCUCUGCAACGAAUGCACCCUCAGCCAAUGCAGCAGGCUCCUCACAAGCAAACGACAAUCAGAAUCUUCCAACAGGAUGGGAACGUCGCCUAGACCAUCUGGGAAGACACUAUUAUGUUGAUCACAACACACGCACAACGACAUGGAAACGACCCUCUCAUGGAAGUGUACAAGAGCAACAAAACCUUACUGAGAUGGAACGUCGCGCCCACACCGCACGUGGGCUUCCUGAAGAUCGCCAGCCACCUAGCGCACAAUUUGACGCUUCACUGCCAGCUACCAACACCACUACAGCUGCGCCUAUUACGGCCACUCCCAUAACCACUACUACAACUACUACAGCUACAGCUACAGGAGCAACAGCUGGUACCGGACCUCUUCCAGCUGGAUGGGAAAUGAGAACAACACCAGAGGGCAGACCUUACUUUGUUGAUCACAAUACACGAACCACCACAUGGGUAGACCCAAGAAGACAACAAUACAUCAGUACAAUCGGCCCAGGAUCAAAUCUCCAGGUCCAAGUUCAGCCUGUAUCUCAACUUGGCCCACUCCCAUCUGGCUGGGAGAUGAGACUGACAAGUACUGGCAGAGUUUAUUUUGUUGAUCACAACACAAAAACCACUACAUGGGAUGAUCCUCGUCUUCCAAGUAGUCUGGAUCAAAACGUACCACAAUACAAGCGAGAUUUCCGUCGUAAACUUAUUUAUUUCCGCUCUCAACCUGCACUGCGUCCAGUUCCUGGCCAAUGUCAUAUCAAGAUCCGUCGUGAAACUAUAUUUGAAGAUGCCUAUGCUGAAGUGAUGCGCCAAUCACCUUCCGAUUUAAAGAAGCGAUUGAUGAUCAAGUUUGACAGUGAAGAUGGUCUUGAUUAUGGAGGUCUCUCCAGAGAAUUCUUCUUCUUGCUCUCACACGAAAUGUUCAAUCCAUUCUAUUGUCUUUUUGAAUAUUCUGCUCACGACAACUACACCCUUCAAAUCAACCCUCAUUCGGGUAUCAACCCCGAGCAUCUCAAUUACUUUAGAUUCAUCGGUCGUGUCGUCGGUCUCUCUAUUUUCCACCGCCGUUUCCUUGAUUCAUUCUUCAUCGUGUCAUUCUAUAAGAUGAUCCUCAGCAAACGUGUUGCCGUAGCCGAUAUGGAGAGCGUGGAUGCUGAAUACCACCGUAGUUUAAUGUGGAUGCUAAAUAAUGAUAUUACAGAUGUUUUGGAUCUUACCUUCUCUACUGAAGAUGAUCGAUUCGGCGAGACUGUCACCGUAGAUCUCAAACCAGACGGUCAGAAUAUUCCAGUGACCGAAGAGAAUAAGAAGGAAUAUGUCAACUUGGUGACCGAGUGGCGUAUUUCGAGACGAGUAGAAGAACAAUUCAAGGCCUUCAAGGAGGGUUUCAACCAAUUGAUUCCUCAUGAUCUUGUCAAUGUAUUUGAUGAGCGUGAACUUGAAUUGUUGAUCGGUGGUAUUUCUGAAAUCGAUGUCGAAGACUGGAAGAAACACACAGAUUACCGAGGCUACACUGAGCAAGACGAUGUGAUCCAGUGGUUCUGGAAGUGCAUAAAGACAUGGGACAGUGAAAAGAAAUCCCGUUUACUCCAGUUUACAACCGGUACAUCCCGUAUUCCUGUAAACGGUUUCAAAGAUCUUCAAGGUAGUGAUGGUCCAAGAAGAUUCACCAUAGAGAAAUCUGGGGAAGUAACUCAGUUGCCAAAGGCACACACUUGCUUCAAUCGCAUUGAUAUGCCACCAUAUAAAUCCUACGAAGCAUUGGUGGCCAAAUUAACAAUGGCAGUUGAAGAGACUGUUGGUUUCGGUCAAGAGUAACCCAUUUUACAACCCUUUUCUUCUUUUAUCUUCUUCUUUAGAAGAAUAGUAAUCUAAAUGAAUCAUGACUUCCCCUCCACUUCCUCCCUUCUCUUAUACUUCUUUUGCGUAUAUUUUAUGUGUGCUCGAGUUUUUUUUUCAAGAUCUUGUGUGUCUAUAGUAUUCUUUUAUACACACUUUAUAUUAUUUAUCUCUUGCCCUACCUCUUUUAUUUUAUUUUAUAUUUCCUCUUUUGUAUAAAUACCUCCUUUUUUUUCUUGUUCCUUUUGUCAAUCACUUUCAAAUGAACUUCUUUAUUGAAUAUCCUGUUUGAUACCUAUGACGAUAAUCUCCUUUAAAGCCUCAUAUAUUUCCUUUAUCUUUUCCUUACAUCCUUAUUUUUAUCUUUUUUUUUUCUUUUGGCGCAAAUACAGCUAUUAUUCAUAUAUAUAUCUAUAU